CCCCUGCUAAAGCCCGUUCAAACCAACAACAAAAAUCCCAGUCAACAAGAAGAAGAAGAAAAAACAGGAAACCGGAGAGAUCGGAACCAUGUCGUGGCAAACCUACGUCGACGACCACUUGCUCUGCGAAAUCGAGGGCAACCAUCUCACCUCCGCCGCCAUCAUCGGCCAUGACGGCACCGUUUGGGCCCAAUCCGCCAAUUUCCCUCAGUUUAAGCCAGAAGAGAUAACGGGCGUUAUGAACGACUUUGCUGAACCUGGAACCCUGGCUCCAACUGGCUUAUAUAUCGGGGGAACUAAGUACAUGGUGAUCCAAGGGGAACCAGGGGCUGUUAUUCGGGGGAAGAAGGGACCUGGUGGUAUCACAAUCAAGAAAACAAACCAGGCUCUGAUCAUUGGAAUAUACGAUGAGCCCAUGACUCCUGGACAGUGCAAUAUGAUUGUCGAGAGGCUGGGCGACUACCUCAUCGAGCAGGGUCUGUAGUUGUACUGUGCAUUAGUGUUCUACAUGAUGAGAGGCAUGGCCAUGGGAGAUGUCUGUGUGUGCUACAACAGGAGAGAAAAAGAAUGAGAUAAUGUUCUUCUGUAUCAAACAUUAUUACUAAUGUAUAAUUUGAGUUUUUAUUAUCUUUUUCCAAAUUUUUUUUGGAUAAGCUUGUGUCAUGACUUUCUUGGGUGGUGUAUCAAUGUUUUUUUAUGUGUAAUGAAAUGCUUUGGUUUUACUA